AGCAUACGCUGUUGGAGGACGGUUUUCGAAAAUUCACGAGUGAUUUUCGUUGUGUUCAGUGAAUGUACAAUUGAUUUUUCAAGUCUGGAAUUAUCCUUAAAUGAACCACGAUGCCGCAUGAGAUCUAUUAUUCAAAAAAAUACUACGACGACAAAUACGAAUACAGACAUGUGGUACUGCCAAAGGAGUUGGUGAAGUUUGUGUCGAGUACUCAUCUGCUUUCCGAACAAGAAUGGAGAGCCAUCGGUGUUCAACAAAGUCAAGGAUGGGUGCAUUAUAUGAUCCAUAAACCAGAGCCACAUAUUUUACUCUUUAAGAGAGAAAUAACAUCUCCGCCAUCAGAGAACGAAUCUCUUUAAUGUUGCUGUACCAAUAUGUAAAUAAUACUUCAGAUCAUUGUUAAUAUUCAUAGAACAGUUCGACUAUCACAGCAAACCAUCUCAAUCGAUUUAAAAUAAUUGGUAUUGCAGUACAGAAACAACUACUGUAUAAAUUCGCAUUACAUCUGAUAAAUCUAGAAGAUAUAAUAACUUGAUUUUUUCGAUUCUUUGCUACAUCGCGAAUGUGGUUAUCUGUCUUCAUUGUUAGCAAGUCAUUCAUAAUAGCAAAGUAUUCUGUAUAUAUGUCUAUAUAGUGCCUUAGUUCUUAAUAUUGAAAUUACCACAACAACUUGGUAUUUCGUUUGAUGUAACCGAAGUAGAAACAUUGAAAUAUUCUAGUUUUUUUCCGAAAAUUAUCAUUCCAAAGCGGAAUCAACUAUUCCGUUAGGAAUUUGUAAAGUAAGAGAAAGCCUCAUGAUUUUGUGAUUACAGUGCCUUACACGAAUGUGCUAAGUUUUGUUUAUUAUUAAGGUAUACUUUAAUUCCAUGCAUAGAGUAAUCAUUCUUUAUGGUUAACACGAAUGAUGUAUUCGAAGCAAAUAUGUUUUUAAGUUUUAAGUUCAAUAACAAUAUGGAUAUUGAUUAAAAAUUCCAUUACUACUAAUUAAGCGUUAAAUUCGGUGUUUAUUAUGUACCUUGCUACAAGAUGUUUACAUUAUUCAAUUUUGCAUCAUGUAUCGUAUUUAUUAUAUGUAUACGUAACUCCAUUUGGCCUAUGCUCUCCAAUUGUAUAUUUCGGAAUGUUAUUUUAUCAGUAUUUUUCAAAACUAAUUCUUAUGCUUUAGUAUUAGUUGACUUUGAUUUACUUUUAAUAGAUAAAUCACGUACUGUCACUUCUUAAAUAAAGUUUGUAACUGAUAA